CUGCAGCGAAGGUACAACAACAAGGAUAUGCUGUUGGAAUCUGCCGGUUCUGCAGCGAAAAUGGGAGAAGAGUUGCUGACUCUUAUCAUUGAGAAGAAAAUAAGUUUAGAGGAGGGCUCCUUCCGGGUUGAAGACCAUUUCACAGCCCAAAAUUUAAGGUGUAUAGAGAGACUUUAUGGGGACCAUGGUGUUGACGUGAAAGAGACAAUACGUAAGGAUCCAGCGGCUGCACUUCCUGUAAUUCUACCUCGUUUGAAGCAGAAACAAGAUGAAUGGACAAAAUGCCGUGAAGAUCUUAAUUUGGCCUGGGCAGAUGUGUAUGAGAAAUACCAUUACAAAUCACUUGAUCACCGCAGCUUCUCUUUUAAGCAGCAAGAUUCUAAGUACUUGACUCCCAAAGCGCUGGUGUCUGAAAUCAAAGACCUGAAAGAGAAGUCUCAGAAAGAAUCUAAUGUUCCUCACUUGGAAUAUGAGUAUUUGGACAGAAGUAUUCAUGAAGAUCUGUUUAAACUAGUGCAAUUCUCGUGUGAGGAGAUAUUUUCCAACAAAGAGAAGAUGGGUAAAGUCCUGAGACUCUUGAACAAUUUACUAGAGCUGAUGCUUGGUGUAAAAACCAAGCAUCAGGGUGCAUCUACCACCAGUGAGGAGGCUAGUAAAGAUGUUGUUACCACCAGAGUAUUCUAUGUGAAUGACGACUUUUAUGUUCUAUUCAGGCUUCAUCGAAUCCUUUACGAGAGAAUUUCGUCUGCGAAAACAUAUUGCACAGGUGGUUGUGAAAUGAAUGGGAGAAAUACAAAAGAUACUGCUGCCUCACCACAUCCUUAUGCAAGGUAGGUACAUUCCCUUAGCCCAAUCGGUGUAAUAUAUUACCGUUUGGUCCAUUGCUUUUUUAUUAAUAUAUAUAGACACCAUCGAGAUUCUUAUACAACUCGUUUUUUUUUUAUGAGUGCUGUGUUUAGUCUGCUUAAUGGCUCAGUUGAAAAUUAGGAGUUUGAGGAUGAAUGUCGAGCUAUUAUUGGAAACCAGUCUUAUGUUUUAUUCACCUUGGAUAAACUGUUAUACAGCUUGGUUAAACAGGUAACUAACUUCUCCUCACCAGCUCUUUCUUUUGGUUUUAGAUUUUUGAUCAUCACAUUACAUCAUUUUAUCUUUUGCAGCUUCAAGCUGUUGUAGCGGACGAUGUGAACAAUAAGCUUCUUCAGUUGUAUGAGUCUGAGAAAUCUAGGAACACAGUGUAUUAUGAAACCGCCAGGGUCCCUCCUUCACGAUGAAAAUAUUUACCGGAUGGAAUGUGUAAGAACCCUAAUCCAAUCUCCACAUUAUUUCUCUCCAUUGAGGAAUUUACUAUUGUUCAUUGACCCUGAGAACUUGUUCCAGUCGUCCUCUCCUCCUCGUUUGUCAAUCCAGCUUAUGGAUAGUAUAAACAAAAAGCCCGGAGCUUAGGCAGUUCCCAUGGAUCCCUUGUUUGCAAGUAGUUAUCCUCCCGAAAAGAAGUUUCUUUCCAUCUCAUCACUAGUGCCACCACAGGCCAUUAUGUUACAAAGGUAUGUGUAUAUCUGAGUCUCAGUACCUUUUACAUGUCUCUAAUCACUUAUAUAAAGUCCCAUCUCUUGCUGUAUAAUUUGGUAUUACUAUUGGGAAUGAUUCAGGUAAACCCACUAAAUUUUAAUUUUUUAUCUUGAUAGUUCAACAGACAAGAAACGUUAGAGACAGACCAAGUUCUCUCUCUGCAACACUCCCAGGAAAAAAACAAGUGUUAGAGUAAGAGUAUCCACAGUUGGUUCACAAACCCAUCUUUUCAUUUUUAAUAGCUCAAAAACCUCCUUCCCCUGUCCUUAGUAUCCGCAUUAACACGUGGUAUGUGCUGGAUCGUUGGGAAGAUUCCUUUCUCUAGCAUCUCAUAAAAAAAAGUCUGCAUGGGGGUGUCUCUCAACUCCUUCAUGAGCUCUGUCCAUGGCUUGUUGAACAAGUAACAUCAUCUUUGAUUCCUCCAUUGAAAAACUUCACUUUACCUUCCACUUCCGUCAUUAUAUCUUUCAUUUUUUUUUUACUUCAA